CAUAACGCAAAAUAUGUCAUUUUACCCAUAAACCAAAAAAACCCAAUAGUACUAAAACUAAAGCAAACUCGUACGUGAGUACCAAAAAAAAAAAAAAACUCCCUAACAAUGGCAACUACGAUAAUUAAUGUGAAAAAGCUGCUUCCUUUUGUGGCGGUGGCCGCGGUGGUGCUCGUGGCGUUCCUCGGCGGAGCAAUGGCGUUGAGCAUGUGUAACAUGGACGAGGAAGGCUUAAUGGCAUGCAAGCCGUCCGUCACUCCGCCGCCACCAGCGCCGGUGGAUCCCUCCGCCGCAUGUUGCGAAGCUCUGCGUGGGGCCGACUUAGAGUGCCUUUGUUCUUAUAAGAACUCGUUGAUGUUGCCUUCUCUUGGGAUUGAUCCUGAUCUUGCCCUAGCUCUCCCGCCAAAAUGCAAUCUCCAGCUCCCUCAGGGUUGUUGAAACUUAAGCAUCACGAAGAUGGAGGCCAGUUCAACAUGUCUGAUUGUAUGAUGAUCGGUUGGUCAAUCCAGAAUUCCAGAUGGGAAAUCUUUUUGGCUUCUUUUUUUUUUAUGUACGCGCAACUUAAAAGUUGACGACUCCCAAAUGAGCAAUUGUUUGGUUUAUUUAAUUUCUAAGUUGUAGUAAUCAAAUGUUCCCGCACUUAAAUUUGACUUCGUGUUGUAUAAAAUUUAAUAAGUUUUCAUCCGUUUGUCCAACUUUUACAUUAGUGUGAAUCCAAUUAAUAAAGAGGGUCUAUUGUAAACUCAAUAUCCAAUUAUCAUGUUGGUCUUAUCAUGUUGG